CAGUAGUCGGUUGGCAAUGCCAUCGUACAUUCCGGCUAAACAUAAAGUUACAAGGCGUCUGCUGUAGUCGCUCUUGUUUCGGAAGAUAAACAGAUGGAUUCUACAGGAGGAGAUGUAGGAGCCACUCUGUCUGGAGAAAUAUGUAUCAAAGAAGAGCCUAUGCAGAUAUCAGCUGACACAUGCGGGAAACCAUCAGAAGAAACUGAACAGAACAACACUAAAGAAGAAACUGUUAUAUCAGCUGACAUAUGCGGGAGACCAUCAGAAGAAACUGAACAGAACAACACUAAAGAAGGAACUGUUAUAUCAGCUGACAUAUGCGGGAGACCAUCAGAAGAAACUGAACAGAACAACACUAAAGAAGGAACUGUUAAAAUGGAAAUUCCUGAAGUUCUUACCAUACGUGAUUUCAAAUUACAUGUUAAGAGAAAGGUUGGAGCAAAAAACGAAGCCAAAAGAGUUGAUUUGGUUAGGCCUGUCCAAUCACGUUCACAUUUGACUCCAAAAAAGAGGAAAUUGGAAGAGAGGUACAGCUUAGAGGAAGCAGCAUAUGAAAUUAUUAGAAGAGAGUAUGCUCGAGUGAAAUCUGAUGAAUAUUCACACUUUGGCAGAUUAAUUGCACAGAAAUUGAGGCGGCUCAAGUCUGAAAGGUUAAAAAAGGUGGCACAAGUGGAGCUCCUAAGGAAAUUAUUAGAAAUUGAGAGAGAGGACAUGGAGGAAGACAAUCGUUAAUGUGGACGAUACUUCCUUUACUGUAAUGAUAGACUGUGUGUUGUAUGAGGUAUCCUAAUUUAUUUUAUUUUUGAUGUUUAUAAAAAAUUCUGUAUGUGUAUAUGUUGUUGAAAUAAUGUUUUUAUAAAAUAAAGUAGGAGUUACCUAA